AUGGAUCGUGCACAUAUCAACGGGACAUUUCAGCCGGCUAGCGGCUACGACCAGCCGUUCGUCAACGACCAUGCAGAUGGAGCGGCCAGGAAUGACCUCGGCGGGCGUGGUGGCGACAUCGACCGUAGCACCGUCGAGCAAAUCGCCAUCAUUGGAAUGGGAAUGCGUCUUCCAGGCGGCGUCCAUGAUGCCAGUGGCUUCUGGGACCUUUUGGUGAACGGACGAAACGGACGUUGUGAAGUCCCUGCGAAUCGUUACGCCAUCGACGCGUGGUAUGGUCCUGGCCAGCCACUGCAUAUUGGCACCCGCUGGGGCAACUUCUUGCGAGACUACAACCCGGCCCAUAUUGAUACCAGUUUCUGGUCAAUGUCAAAGGAGGAGGCGGAGACAAUGGAUCCGGAGCAGCGGUUGUUGCUAGAGGUCGUGUACGAGGCCUUCGAAAGCUCUGGUAGACGCGACUUUCGAGGGGAUGAGGUUGGGGUGUACGUGGGCACGAUGGGCACUGAUUGGGAAAGAAUUGAGCAAAACGAUAACCUGAAUCUGGAACCUGUCCGUGCCGACAUCUAUGGCGAUUAUAUAUUGGCAAACCGUGUCUCGUACGAGUUCGAUCUCAAAGGUCCAAGCCAUGAGAAGCUGAUCAGACGAGCAUACGACGCAGCAGGUAUCGGGGAUCUCUCGACAGUUGCCAUGGUAGAGUGUCAUGGAACAGGGACAGCGGUCGGAGAUCCCAUCGAGAUCGAAGCAAUCGCUAACGUUUGGGGAGAACAUGGCAUUCAUAUAGGUUCGCGCUCAAUCGGUUAG